CACAUUUCAACACCACCACCUCGGCCAGGGGUCCUCGGGAUGCAUUGGUAACGCCGGGUAAUUCCCGUUGUGAAGGACGCUUUGUAAUGGUCAAUAGCAAUAUUAUACACCUUGCCUAUGAUACUGUGCGUGCGAUAUAACAUUAGGGAAUCCAUGUAGUCCCUACAUAUUCAUACUCGUGUUACGUCCAAAUAUAUUCUUCGUUUGUCGUCUUCGAGAUGUCAGACAACUGCUACAAGAAAAGAAACCAAAGCCGAGAUGAAUAUAUUGAGCAGGAAAAUAGACUGACUAAUCGACAUAUUCAAGCUUUAAGUUUGAUGCAAGAUAUUCAUCGGGAAAAUGAGGAGCUAAAAAAGGAAUUGAAGCAAUUACAGGAUGAACUGUCACAUUGUGAAGAAUAUCAUCGGAUUGCGAAGGAUGCCAAAGCUUUCAAGCAACAGGCACAAGAGGAUUGUCUCAAAAAGAUUGACAGGAACAGUGAGAAACUGAACAGGAAGCAUAAAGAAGAGGUCAUGUCACUUGUGAGUGCCAAGCUACAAGCAGAAACUGAUUGGUUAGAAGAAAGAGAAAGGUUUCAGCAACUUGUAGAGCAGUAUGAAAAGCAGAAUGCAGCUUUAACUGACCAGCUAGAAGCACUGAAGAAACAUGAUAUAAAAAUAGAUGUGGUUAAUCAGCGCCUUGAUCAAUCCUUGAGAGAGAUGAUAGAGCUGAAGGAAACUAACAAGCAGCUGAACCUUCAGAUAGAGCAGCUCCAGGAGGAGAACAUCCAGGCUUCAACCUACCUGGAGAAGAUUGAACAGGUGGAACGGGAGAAGGAGACGUUGGAGCUGGAACUUCAAGAAGUCCAGCAGAGACUGAGAGAGUUUGAGCUCCGGGUGAAGGUCCUGGAGGAAGAAUUGAGUGCUGUUGGUCAACAGACCAAGGAGAGACAUUCCGCAAAGUCAAAGCUCAGACACCAACUGGAGCAGGCUGGCAAGGAGAUUGCAGGCUACCAGAAGCAGAUCAUGGAGCUUGAGGAUAUGGUGAGUGACCUCAGGAAAGAUCUUAGUGAAAGGACCAGUCAGCGGGAUCAAGAGGCUUCUACCAAGGAGAAACUGUUGAUCUUCUUGCAGCAAUUGCAGGAGGAAUGCAGGAGAUUGAAAGAAGAGCUUGCUUCAAGGCAACAGGAGAAGCAAGUUGUCCCAGAGAGGGUGGGAUUCAGGGAGUUCGUUCAGAUGAGACGAGAAAUGAACGUUCUUAAGGAGGAGAAUGAUUCACUGAGACAGAACAAGAAGAAGCCCAAGUCGUUACCAAGUUUGAAAGGACCCAGUCCUGAUGGAUACCUUUACGGUGAUUCAAGAACUCCUGGGCAAUCCAAGUCAGAGACUGCUCUCCAGCUCCUCAAGAGAUGACAAACAAAAUAGGUCCAAGUCUAGCAGCCCGACAAGCCCGACAAGUGCCCUUGUGCCAUGAUGUUGAUGAUUUACAAGUAUGUAGCCAUAACACUCACUCCAUUGUUUUCCUUAUAUUUGGAAGAAUUAUUCUUUUAAAUUAAUGAGAUUAGUUCACUAAUACUUAGCUGCUGUUGACAAUACCUCUUUAACAUGAUACAGAUUGAAAAACUGUAAAUGUUUUGGUUAAUUUAUGGAUUUUUGUUUGUGUAUGUAUGAAAGGGAAUCAGUGAAUUUAGAAUAUACCUGUAUUUUGCUUUCUCCUUUUCCAAGCUUAUUUUGCUGCUAUUUUGUGGAUAGGAUAAAUGAGUGCCUUAAUUCUGUUGAUGUGGGACAAUGUGAACAAUAUUUCAACAAAAAAUAAGAACAAAAUAAAAUUAGCUUCUUUUCAUCAAAGUGCCUUAAAAAUAUAGAAAUUCAUAUAGAUUGUUGGAAUCAUUAGCUGUUGAUUUCUCUUGUUUUGAUUUGUAUUGACAAGUAAUCAUGAAAAAAAAAAAGUAUUUGUCAUAAUCUUGAACAAUGUACAGCAUUUAGAUAUCAACCCUGAGCAAACAAUACCUCACCAGCUGUUUAAAGAAAUAAUUGCACAUGAUCCUUCUGUUUACAUGAUAUUAUAUGUUUUUAAUUGAAUUCAAGUAAUGUUAAUACUGCAAUUGUUUUUAUAUGUGUGAGGCUAAUCAAAUUCAAACGCAAUGUAUUGUAUAUAUCUGGCGUUUUUGUCUUACAUUGUUUUGUCUUCAUUCAUGUCUAGACGGACUCAACCAAAAAUAGAAUAGUAGUAAUCAUGUUAUAAUAUUAAAAAAGUGUACGGAUUUCAAGUAUUAUAAUUCAAAAAUUAAAUUUCUAUUGUAAUGACAAAAAGUGCAAUAUAUUUGAUACUUUAACGUUAUUUAUCAGUCUGUGUUGUUUGCAGUACAAUUUCUGUCAUAAUUCAUUUACCCAUUUACAUCUUGUAUAAGUACUUGAAAUUUUGAGGUGAUUUUGAUUUAUGAAGCUGUAUGUGAUAUUUCAAAACAUGCAUUUUGAUAUCAAAUAAUGUAAUUUUCCUUUUGAAUCGAUAUAUUUUCCUUGAUAUAUAGAAGCUAAGAACAUAAGAAAUAAAUAAUUUUUAUUUUGAUACAUAUAUUGCAGGUUUUCAAUGGCUUCAAAAAGUAUUAUUAUCAUGAGCCAGGAAAAAAGAUAAUUACGGUAAAACUCAUUUGUGCCUAAGUUUAAUAUGUACAUGAUUGUAUGUAAUAACUUUACUGGUAGCUUUUCUCUUCACUAUUACAUUUACAUAAUUAUACCUGUGCAUUUUGUAAAAAAAAUGACAAAUUUAUCAUGUUUUGAUAUAGGUUGGCAUUUCAUCUAAUUCAUCAUGUUUAGGAAUCUAGCACCUAACUAUCAUCCGUAAGCCUACUUAUCAGAAAUUUUAUCAUCAUCAUCAUUGAUAAGAUUAGUGUACAAUUCAGCGGAUUACAGAUUGUUUUCAUAUAAUGACAUAUAUGUAUUUUUGUCCUUAGGAACUUUGGUCUGUAUGAAAUAAACAUUCUUUACCAUUUAACUAUUUCAAAUUAGGCUUCUCACUCAAUAUUUCUAAGUAAUGAAUUACGCAUUCAAUAAUGAAAAAAGAAACAUGGAAAUUAAAAAUUCAUCAUUCUGUGCGCAUGAUGUCCUUUCAU